GGCGGGACUGGCGGCACAGUUUACAUCUGGGAAUAAGAGGUGGCUACAGAGUUGAAAGUGGUUUGAAGUCCCCGGCCCGAUUUUACUGCCAAGUCCCGACCGGUGCAGUCUAGUACAUUUCGUGCUCCUCUUAUAUAUUAGAUACCUACUCACUUAUUACUCUCUCUGCUCUAUCUAUCUAUUUAUCUCAUCCGUUCCAACUGGACCGUAUCUACAUAGAGCAGUUCCUUCUUGCUCUCCCCCCAUUCAACAAGCUGUUGUUUUUCGACAAGGCACUUGAACAGCAGCAACGGCCAUUAUCAUCUGCUGUCGUCAUAGCCGCUCGUCCGGACUGAGAGAGAAGAACUGACGUCAUGGAGCAAGAUUUGCAUGUAAGGGACCGGGUCGGAGUCCAGGAUUUUGUCCUGCUGGAAGAUCACACGUCCGAGUCGGCAUUUAUAGAAAACCUGCAAAAACGAUUCAAUGAGGGGCUUAUUUACACGUACAUUGGACCAGUUUUGGUUUCCGUUAAUCCGUACAAGAACCUCCCCAUCUACGGAUCAGACUACGUCGAAAAGUACCGCAAUGUCAAUUUCUACGAACUGCCACCUCACGUAUUCGCCCUGACGGACACUGCGCUGCGGUCUCUACGCGGUGAACUGAUUAACCAAUGCAUCCUCAUUUCAGGUGAGUCGGGAGCGGGCAAGACGGAGGCCUCGAAAAAAGUGUUGCAAUUCAUCGCCGCCACGACGCGCAAGAAGGCGAAUUUGGAGACGGUCAAAGACAAAUUGCUCCAAUCCAACCCGGUCCUGGAGGCCUUCGGUAACGCCAAAACCAAUCGCAACGAUAACUCGUCACGAUUCGGCAAAUAUAUGGACGUCGAGUUCGAUUUCACCGGCGACCCUACCGGUGGGCACAUCAUCAACUAUCUGCUGGAGAAAUCACGCGUAGUGUUCCAGGCUAAAGGCGAGCGCAACUUCCACAUCUUCUACCAACUUCUGGCCGGAGCCGAUGAUGCCCUUUUGGAGAAACUGUCACUCAAGAGGGACCCUAGUCACUACGUCUACCUUAAACAGGGCGAUAGUUCGAAGGUGAGCGGAGUCGACGACGCCGAGGGCUUCAAAACUGUCAGGGAGGCUCUGAAAGUCAUGGAAAUCGGAGAUGAAGAGCAACAGGCCCUUUACCUUCUCUUGUCCGUCAUCAUCCACCUGGGAAACAUUGAGUUUGCCAGCGGAGACGGCGGCAGGGCUAGAAUCACCAACCCAGACUUGGUUUCUACCAUCGCCAAGCUCCUUCAAUGCCCUGAAGACAAACUGGUGAAAGCCUUGCUGAAUAAGACGAUUGAAGCUCGGGAUGAUGUUGUGGUUUCACCGAUGGCCCGCGACGAAGCCGUCAAAGCCCGCGACGCCCUAUCCAAAUCCGUCUACGAGCGCAUGUUCACUUGGCUGGUCCAGCGGCUCAAUCGAUCCCUCCAAUCGUCCUGGGAGGUCAAGAAGAAAUACGUGCUCGGCAUUUUAGACAUUUACGGCUUUGAGAUCUUUCAGUCCAACAGUUUCGAGCAGCUUUGCAUCAAUUACUGCAACGAAAAGCUUCAGCAGCUCUUUAUCGAGCUGACGCUCAAAUCUGAACAGGACGAAUAUCGCCGCGAGGGCAUCGCCUGGGAACCCGUUACCUAUUUCGAUAACAAGAUCAUCUGUGACCUUAUUGAAGAAAAACACAAGGGUAUUAUUUCCAUCAUGGACGAGGAAUGUCUAGUGCCCGGGGAGACGAAUGACAAAACAUUCCUCAACAAGAUGGACAAGCUGCUGAGCGACCACCCGCAUUACCUGAGCCAUGCCAAAGGUGACAACAAAAUGAAGAAAACCAUCGAACGCGAAGAAUUCCGUCUGCUCCACUACGCCGGCGAGGUCACCUACAACGUCAAAGGUUUUUUGGAGAAAAACAACGAUCUGUUGUAUCGUGACUUGAAGGACGCCAUGAUUUCAUCUUCCAACCUUAUCACGAAAGAUGUUUUCACGUCAAGCGAACUGAGUAGCAAGAAACGUCCGGAUACAGCCGCUUCACAAUUCAAGACCAGUUUGGCCCGGCUAGUCGAAAUUUUGAUUAGUAAGGAACCGUCUUACAUUCGUUGCAUCAAACCCAACGAUGUCAAGAAGUCCAGCAUGUUUGAAACGGGCAUUGUCACCCAUCAGGUGAAAUAUUUGGGUUUAGUGGAGAAUUUGAGAGUCCGCCGCGCUGGAUUCGCUUAUCGGCGACCUUAUGAAGCCUUUUUGAAUCGCUAUAAAAGCCUGUGUCCCGAUACUUGGCCCCAACCGAAAGGAGAUCCUAAAAGCGCCGUUCAGACACUUGUCAACCAUCUUAAGUAUGGCGAAAAUGAUUACCGUAUGGGUCUGACCAAAAUAUUCAUCCGGCUGCCAAAGACCUUGUUUGAGACGGAGGACGCCUUCCAGCGGAGGAAGAACGAGCUGGCAAGCCUGAUUCAGGCCAAAUACAAGGGGAUCCUUCAACGACGCAAAUACUUGGCUAUUCGCCUUCGCAUUAUCCGCGUCCAGUCUAUGAUCCGCCGUUUCCUGGCAAAGCGCCGAGCCAAUAAACGUCGCUGGGCAGUGCAGGUGAUCCGUCACUUCAUUAAUGGCUUCAUGAAGCGCAAUGAGCCUUUGAAUUCGGCCAACGAGAAAUUCCUCGGAUUCGUCCGCUUCCACUACUUGAUGCGUUUGACCAAGAAACUGCCGGAAUCGAUUAUGGACAAGUCUUGGUCCGACGCACCUGCCAGCUGCCAAGAGGCCAAUGAUGUAUUGCGAUCCAUGUACAUGAAAUGGAUGGUUGGGCGUUAUUGCAAGAACAUCGCGCCUGCUCGUAAACGUCAAUUUGAAUUGAAAGUUUUGGCUGAAGCGGUAUUCAAAAAUAACAAAAAGAGCUAUCAGGAAAGCAUUUCCAAGUGGUUCGUCGACUGCCGCUUGUCGACUGAGCAGCAAGGUCCUUUCCGUUCCAUUUUCGAAGCCAAUGUCAAAUCACAAGGCGAAACAAUUUUGUACUCGGCUCCGGUCAAGAAAUUCGAUCGUCAUGGCUACAAAGAACGUGAACGCUACUUGGCACUUACCAAAUCGGCCGUCUAUUUGCUGGAUGCGAAGGAUUGCAAGAUCAAGCACCGCUUGACAUUCAACGAUAUCACCGGCAUAACCGUUACCAAUAGUCAAGACAAUUUAAUUGUGGUGAGAAUUCCCGAGGAUGACAAAAAAGACAAAGGUGACCUGAUCCUCGAGUGUCGUAACUUGAUCGAAGCACUCACCUGGAUUGUGGAUACCUGCAACAAACGUGACAUCAUUCGAUUUGAAUCCGCAACGUCGUUGACGCACCAUAUCGCCAAGGGUAAACCUGGUACCAUUGAAAUUACCCACGGUGGACCAGUCACAGGCAUUACUAAAGGGAAAAAUGGUCAUUUAAUGGUGGCUGCGUCAUAACACACGAUGGUUAUUCAACAUUACUGUUGGGUGGCAAGGGGAGAAAGGGCGCGCGACAGUUAUUCAAAUAGAUGAAGAAGACAUUCCCAUAUUUUUUAAUGGUUCAUUUUUGUUGAUUACUAUUUCUGAGAGAAGACAAGCAAAGGACUCGGAGCUUUGAAACAAGUGCCGUGAUUUGGUCAAGUAUAUUUACAAGUUACAAUCAAUAAUCGUGAUUCGGAAUUCCAGCAGCUAGUCUCGUCAACCUGGUAUACAUAUAUGAUAAUAGCACAUAAAAUCCUAAACAUAUUUUGGUUAGAUUGUUUAUAUAAAGGGGGAAAUUAUUGUAUAUGUUAUGUUGAAUUGAUGUGCAUUUCGAAGUCGAUAACAUGGAACCCUUAUCAAUUAA